CUCCUCCCUUUCACACCUGUGCUAAGAGCUAUUGUUUAAAAGGUGUACAGCUUACUCCUCUAGCACCAUGUUUGAUCUUCCUAAUGCAAAACGUGUCCGUCGAGACCAACUCCUCUCUCGCGACUCCUCGUCGCCUUCUCCCUCUCCACCUCCAGAAUCCGCAUAUCCCGAUGCCCAAGAACGCCUCGGGGCCCUCCUGAACCUCGACUCACUUCUCGCUCCCUCCGCACCAGAACCCACCACUACCACCACGACUGCCCCGGACAAUAAUCCAGAAAACGAAGACGAGGAGCAAGAAUUCGAGUUCCGGUUGUUUCAAACUGCGCCGAAGAAAGCCGCUGACAAAGAGACAGGAGAGCCAGAGACAACGCAGAAAUUAAAGAUCCGAUUACGCUCUCCAACUCCGACGGCGGGCGUCAAUGGCGAAGGACGUUUCGUGAAUCCGUUCCGUGGGUGGCAGUAUUAUUUCUCUGCGCCUGGCUUAUUAUCCGGAGAGACGAAGGUAGAUGGAGAAGAGGAUGCAGGACUAUUAUUGAAACGGAAACAGUUUGAGGAGGUAGCUGUGACUGGGGAGGAAAUGAUGGGUUGGGCAAGGGUUCCUUGGCCGGGCUGCCAUUUACCCUGGCGCGUGAUUCACCUGAAGCGAGGUCAGACGAAACUGCCCCCCCGCGAUGCAAAGGAUACAUCAUCUACUGCCACCGUGUAUGUCAUGGACCCGCCGGAGAGGACUCCCACGUCGCGCAAGAAGCCCGGGAAAAAGCGACGCAUCCAAUUACGCAAGCGGGUUGUUGCUGCUGAGAGGGCGAAGGAGACGGAAGCAGAGAAGCGUAAUCGGAAAAAUCGGGAAAAGAAGCUCAAGCGAAGGCAAAAGGCUAGAGAGGCGAAGGCAGCUCUGACAGCUACAGCGGGCCAAGGAGGUGAGACUGACCCUGAUGGAUCUGCAGCAGGUAAGGUUCAAGAUGGCAGUGUCGCUGGAGAAGCGCGAGAUGAUGUGUCUGUUGAGAUGAGAGAUUAGGCAUCUGUCUUUCAUGUUACUCUCUCCUUGGCCUAGUUUAGCUAUGAUACCCCAUGCUCGUACUGAAGUUGUGG